AUGAGAGUUGACGUUGACACUACGGCUUGGGAGACAGAGCCAAAUGUGCUGGCUGAAGCAGUGAGAGGGCUGCUUGGAAUGAUGAGAGGUGUUUCCGCAUCAGUGGAGUUGGAAAUAGCAGCAGUGAAAGAAGAAUUGUCCGAGUGCAAGGGGGAGUUGGCAGUUGUGAAGGAGGAAUUGACCGAGCGUAAGGGGGGGUUGGUAGCCGUGAAAGCGGAUGUUGCUGAGUGUAAGGGGGAGGUGGCAGAUGCAGAGGAGUUGGCUGAGUGUAAGGGGGAGGUGGCAGAUGCAGAGGAGUUGGCUGAGUGUAAGGGGGAGGUGGCAGAUGCAGAGGAGUUGGCUGAGUGUAAGGGGGAGGUGGCAGAUGCAGAGGAGUUGGCUGAGUGUAAGGGGGAGGUGGCAGAAGCAGAGGAGUUGGCUGAGUGUAAGGGGGAGGUGGCAGAUGCAGAGGAGUUGGCUGAGUGUAAGGGGGAGGUGGCAGAUGCAGAGGAGUUGGCUGAGUGUAAGGGGGAGGUGGCAGAAGCAGAGGAGUUGGCUGAGUGUAAGGGGGAGGUGGCAGAAGCAGAGGAGAGAAAGGAGAGGGAGGAGGUGGAUGAGUUGAGGCCGGAACUGGUACCUACUCAUGAGGAGUUUGAGGCAGCGCAAGGGGGGUUGGCAACAGCGCAGGGAUGGCAGCGGGUGGAGGACCUGAGGUUGGACGUGGAGCAGGGACUGCAGCAGAGCACUGGCAACAGCAGGGCCAUGUGGCAGAGGAUCAAGUCAGCGUCAUUCGGGACGAACCUGGAUCUGGGGGAUCUAUCCUGCCUCUCAGAUGCCAUCCUGGGCCACGUGUCCACCAUGACCCACCUGAAGAGUAUCCAACUGCGCAUGUCUUCCGGCUUCAACCCAGCAGCAGUCAAUCUCCUAUUCAGGCUGCCACGACUGAUGAGCUUAAAUCUCAGCCGCACAUCCGUUGACGACAGUUCCUUGGUGGAGAUCGGGGCAGCAAAGCGGCUUGGGCAUCUUGAUUUGAGCUACACCAACGUGACAGACGCCGGCUUGCUGCAGCUGACGAGCCUUUCUUAUCUGCGGACGCUGUAUCUUUCCGCCUGCAAGGCCAUCACAUCUGCUGGCAUGGCGCAUGUGGGGAGACUCACAUGCCUUGAGGUGCUUCUGAUGUGGGAGACGGAUGUGACGGACGAUGGGUUGCAGCACUUGAGCGGCCUGAGCUCCCUUCAUUGCUUGCACCUGAGUGGCUGCUGGGGUGUGUCAUCACACGGCAUGGAGCACGUGGGGAGGAUGGGCCGCCUUAAGAGCCUUUUCCUAGGUGGGAGUAGCGUGGAGGAUGAUGGGCUCCAGUAUUUGACCGCCUUGCCCAAGCUGGCGACUCUUGAGCUGCCAGCCGAACUGAGCACUGAUGCUGGCAUGGAGCUUCUCACGCAGCUGACUUCCUUGGAAAGCAUUGGGCUGGUGGAUCCGUUUGUGACCUUCAAGGGCUUGAAUGUUCUGAAGACAUUGCCACGCCUGAAGCUGAUUGCAACCCCGACGGAAGUGUCAGAUGUGGUGCGUCGCUUUCUCCAGGAAGUGCGGGUGGCACACCGUCUGCCAGCUUGCUACUAA